AUGGCUAUUGAAUCUGAAAAACAAAUGGCAUCAGUCGAUUCAACAAUUGUUCGUAUUGUUGAUAAUAUAAAAAAAAGUGAUAGUGACUCAUGGAAUUAUCGUGGAUUAGAACUGUCAAAUGAGAUGCUUGUUGUACUGAUAAGUCAUCCAGAUAUUGACAAAGCAGCUGCUGCACUUGAUGUCUCAAUCGGUAGUUUAGCUGAUCCAAGAGAUGUUCCUGGUAUUGCUCAUUUUCUUGAACAUAUGCUUUUUAUGGGUAGUUCGAAAUAUCCAGGUGAAAAUGAAUAUUCGAAAUUGAUAGAAGGCAAUGGUGGCUAUUCUAAUGCUUUUACUAGUGAUGAUCAUACAAAUUAUCAUUUUGAUAUUAAUCCAAGUUUAUUAUCCGAAGCACUUGAUGUUUUUGCACAAUUUUUUAUUUCACCACUUUUUUCUGCAUCGUCUACAGAUCGAGAAUUAGAAGCAGUUAAUUCUGAAUAUGAAGGAUAUUUAUCUAAAGAUGUAUGGCGUAUUUCACAAUUAGAAAGAUCAACAUCAGAUCCGCAACAUCCCUAUUCAAGAUUUGAUGUUGGUAAUACUGAAACAUUAAGAACAACGCCUAAACAACGUGGCAUUGAUAUUCGACAAGUACUUUUGGAUUUUCAUAAAACUGAAUAUUCAUCAAAUCGAAUGAGCUUAGCUAUACUUAGCAAUCAAUCACUUGAUGAACUUCAAUCACUUGCUAUGAAAAGUUUUAAUGAUGUUCCAGAUAAAAAAUUAGGACAAGUUAAAUAUCCUGCGGAUCCAUAUGGUGAAAGUCAGCGAAAAACAAUAUGUUAUGUUGUUCCUGUUAAAGAAUAUCGUUAUUUAACAAUAAAUUGGGUUAUACCUGAUCAUAAAGAUUUAUAUUAUUGUAAUCCUGAAUCAUAUCUUUCACACUUGAUUGGACAUGAAGGUGAUGGUUCAUUAUUAUCAUAUUUAAAAAAGAUGGGCCUUGCUACUGAAUUGGUUUCUGGAGAAAAACCUACUGCACCUGGUUUUAAUUUUUUUUAUGUCUAUUUAGAAUUAACAGUCGAAGGAUUAAAUCGAUGGGAAGAAAUUAUUUAUAUUGUUUAUCAAUAUAUAGCUAUGUUACGAAAAGAAGGACCAAAAGAAUGGAUUUUUGAUGAAUGCAAAAAUAUUAACGCAGUGCAUUUUCAAUUUCGUGAAAAAGAACGACCAGAUCGUUUUGUCUCGAAGUUAGCAGGUCGAAUGAGGGAUUAUCCUUUAACUGAAUGUCUUUCUGCAGAUUAUGAACUACGUGAAUUUCGUCCAGAUUUAAUAACUGAAGAACUUAAUGAAUAUUUAAUUCCAAGUAAAAUGCGAGUAUUUCUUGCAAGUAAAGAAUUUACAUCGAUUGCAACAGAAACAGAAAAAUGGUUUGGUACACAAUAUAAACAAGAAUAUUUACCUGAAGAACUCAUUAAACGAUGUGAAACAUGUGAACUUAUUUCUGAACUUCAUUUACCAAGACCAAAUGAAUUUAUUCCAACUGACUUUCAACUAUUUUCAAAGGAAAAACAAUCCACACGACCACAAUUACCAAUAAAAAUAAGAGAAAAUGAAUUUUGUCGACUUUUUUAUGGUGAAGAUACAUUUUAUAGAUUACCUAAAGCAUAUCUUUAUUUCGAAUUACGAAAUCCAUUAGGAAGUGCAGAUCCAUUACAUUCUAAUAUGAAUGCACUUUAUAUUGAAUUAGUUGAAGAUUCUUUAACUGAAAUUGUUUAUCCAGUUCAACUUGGUGGAUUACAAUAUAAAUUAUAUGCUUUAGAUUAUGGUAUACAGCUAACUGUAUAUGGAUUUAAUCAUAAAAUCAAACAAUUACUUGAGACGAUUAUUGAUCGUAUGGUUAAUAUUAAAGUUAAUCCUCAACGAUUUGAAAUAAUGAAGGAAAAAAUUAAACGAGCAUUACAAAGUUUUCGUCGUGAAGAUCCUGAUGAAAUGGCAGAUUAUGGUGUUACAUAUUUAACAGCUCAACAUCAAUGGAAUAUAGAUGAAUUACUUAGUUGUAUUGAUGGUAUUACUGCACAUGAUCUAGAUUCAUUCAUAACACGAAUGUUAACUCGUUUUUUUACGGAUUCAUUAAUGUAUGGAAAUUUAACAAAAGAUCAUGCACUUGAAUAUAUGAGUUUAAUUGAACAAAAAUUUCAAGAAAAACGUUUUUAUCAACCACUUUUCCCCAGUAUGUGGUUUAAUCAACGUGAAUUAACAUUACCAGAAGGUUGUAAUUAUGCAUAUACAAUGUUUAAUGAUGCUCAGAAAUUACAUGCUAUUGAAAUAUAUUUACAAUGUUUUCAACAAACACUUGAAAAUAAUGCUUUACUUGAAUUAUUUUGUCAUUUUGUUCAGGAACCUUGUUUUGAUCAAUUAAGAACAAAAGAACAAUUAGGUUAUGUUGUUAGUUCUGGUACACGUCGUUCACGUGGUGGUGUACAAGGUUUUGAAGUUAUUGUACAAUCGGCUAGAAAACUUGAUCAUGUUAAUCAACGUAUUGAAUUAUUCAUUGAUUCAAUAAGAGAUUAUAUUAUGAAUAUGCCCGAUGAUUUGUUUAAAAAACAACGUGAAGGUUAUAUGGUAAAAAAAGUCGAAAUUCCAAAGAGCAUGCAUAGUCAAGUAUAUAAAUUUUGGAAUGAAAUAACCAACCAUCAAUUUUGUUUCGAUCGCCCCCAACUUGAAGUUGAAAUAAUAAAAUCUUUGGAACGUACUGAUUUACUUCAGUUUUAUGAUCAUUAUAUAUCAUUAAAUUCUGUUCAUCGCCGUAAAUUAUCUGUUCAUGUUAAUCCAUCUGCAAUAGCAUUACAAGAAACAAAUGAUAAAAAAAUCAUUAUUAACGAAAAAAAUGAAUUAGCAGCUGUGACUAAUGAGAAAAAUACUGAAACAAUAAUUGCAGGAACUGUUGAACAUACAGUUAAAUUAACUGAACAACCACCUGUUACUGAUACAAUAACUGAUAAAGAUUCAGAAGAAAAAGAAAAAAUUAUAUCUGAAAAACAAAUUAAUUUACCAAAAGAAGAAUGGAUUGAUAACGUUCAUGUAUGGAAAAGUAAAUUGGCAUGUUAUCCACUUGCUCAAUCAUACGAUAAAAUUGACGUACCAGUUCUCUAUCUUGCAUUAUCUCUAAAUAUUUAUUCGUCUAAUCAAGAUUUAUCAUAUAAAAUAAAUAUUGUUCGCAAAUCAUUUAAAAAAUUUGAUUGA